AUCCCAGUCGCACAUGGAUGUGUGCUUUGAAUCACACUAUCUUAGUAUGUUGACAAGUGUCAUGAGCAUGACCUCAUACUAAUAUUUCAAACUAUCCUCCUCUUCCUCAAACUUUCCUUCCUCCCCUUCGCUUCUCCCUCCAAACUACACUCCUCUGUCUCUCUACUUGUCUUUUUUUUUUUUUUCCCCUUUCUGCCAUAGCUACCAUGUCUGUUGCAGAGCUUGGGGCUUCGCACGCCCAAACGGGUCUUCAUUGUUCUCAGCUCUCAUUUCUAUCCACUUGUCUCAGCUACCGCCGCCCCCAUGCCUUUCGGCCCCUCCCUCGAGCGCGAAGCGCAAGAAUUUGCUGCUCUGUUGUGUCCAAUCAAGUUCAAGCUCCGGCGACUUUGCCCACCGAAGAUCCCAAGGCCAAGGCCGAUUGCUUCGGCGUGUUCUGCGUCACUUACGAUCUCAAAGCAGAAGAGGAGACAAAAUCCUGGAAGAAAUUAAUUAAUAUUGCAGUGUCAGGUGCUGCUGGAAUGAUAUCUAAUCAUCUUCUAUUCAAACUUGCAUCUGGUGAAGUUUUUGGGCCAGAUCAGCCUAUUGCAUUGAAGUUAUUGGGAUCUGAAAGGUCAUUCCAAGCUCUUGAAGGAGUUGCUAUGGAACUCGAGGAUUCCUUGUUUCCAUUGUUGAGGGAAGUGAGCAUUGGCAUCAAUCCUUACGAGGUAUUCCAGGAUGCAGAAUGGGCUCUUCUAAUUGGAGCAAAGCCUCGAGGGCCUGGGAUGGAGCGAGCUGAUCUGUUAGACAUUAACGGGCAGAUAUUUGCAGAGCAGGGAAAAGCUCUUAAUGCUGUGGCAUCCCGCAAUGUCAAAGUAAUAGUAGUGGGCAACCCCUGUAACACCAAUGCAUUAAUAUGUCUAAAAAAUGCUCCAAAUAUACCAGCAAAAAAUUUUCAUGCUUUGACAAGGUUAGAUGAGAAUAGAGCAAAAUGCCAGCUGGCCCUCAAGGCAGGAGUCUUCUAUGAUAAGGUUUCAAAUAUGACUAUCUGGGGAAACCACUCAACGACUCAGGUUCCAGACUUCUUGAAUGCAAGAAUUGAUGGCUUACCUGUCAAAGACGUCAUCAAGGACACCAAGUGGUUAGAGGAGGAGUUCACAGAGAAGAUCCAGAAGAGAGGUGGAGAUCUAAUUAAGAAAUGGGGAAGAUCUUCAGCUGCAUCAACUUCUGUAUCAGUUGUGGAUGCUAUGAGGUCUUUAAUAACUCCCACGCCCAAGGGUGAUUGGUUUUCGACUGGAGUUUAUACCAAUGGAAAUCCUUAUGGCAUAGCAGAGGGUAUUGUUUUUAGCAUGCCAUGUAGAUCAAAAGGAGAUGGUGAUUAUGAGCUUGCCAAGGAUGUCAUAUUUGAUGAUUUCCUUCUCAAGCGACUGACCAAGACUGAAGCCGAAUUGUUAGCAGAGAAGAGAUGUGUUGCCCACCUUACAGGGGAGGCAAGUAUUAUAGCACAUCAUUGCUUCCUUACUGUUGAUAAUACCAUUUAUCUAUCUAAAUAUACUGCACUCUUUUUUAGGGUGUAGCCGUCUGUGAUCUGCCUGGGGACACGAUGCUUCCCGGAGAAAUGUAACAGGACAGCUCCUCUUUCAAAAAUUCUUCUGCCAACUUCCAAUGAGCAGCCUGACGGGGACGCUGGAAAAAUCAUGUCAGAAAUAUGCUACUUUGCCCAAAUACUAAUUACUACUGUUUUGUGGGAAUAAGUUCGCAGAGUAUCACUGAAUAUAUAAUUUUGCAUAUGGAAAUGGAUGUGUCAAAUUUUAAGGCAUUCCAGAUUUGAGGUUAUAUAGCAUUUUGCGGUGUAGCUUGCUUUGUUGCUUGUCAACUUAAUUGUUUUGCUUGGUUAAGAAUAUAAAUUUGAAUAUACUGUAACCUCAUUCUUUC